CAAAAGGUCCUAUGUGCAAAAUCCUCAUUCUGAGAAAUUUCAUGUUGAAGUUUUGUGUGAGAUUUUUAAAUCCUAUUUAAACACGUUUGAGUAUUUUUGAAUUCUAAAAACGCCAAAAUGGACCUAAAUCGAUGCUUUUUAUGUGCACUUUACGGGAAUUAUCAAAAGUCUAGUUUAAACUGAUUUCUAAAGCAAUUUGUUUCAUACGACCUGUGAGUGCACAUAGGACACGAUUCAUAGGACAAAUUUUACACAUAGGACUUAGCACAUUGGACCUAAUUCGUGUAACAUUGCACAUAAGACUUUUCCAAAUUAAAUUCAAAUCCUGAUUAAAAUAAAACAACUUUUUUUAUAUAAUUAUGUUUACCCCACCCUCGCGCAACGUGUUGUCAUCAGCUGAUCGAGAGUAUGAAAUGUUUCAAUGCUUCCAGAGCGGGAGAGAGAAACCGUUAUGAGAAUAUGUUGACCAAUCAGCGCUUCCGUCGGCAUCUGUCAGAUAGGUGCUGGAAAAUCGACCUAUCCGACAAUGUAAAUAAUAUUUUGCAGAGUACGCAUAGAACUUGUGAUGUUUUGACAAUUUUCGGUUGUUUUUUUGCUUUUUUCGCGUUUUUAAGUGUUUUUAUUCUUGUCAAUCUGAAACACUUGUGUUCAGACGAUGACGACUGCUGAAUCUCCUCUCGCAAACAAACCCACAUUCAGCUUAUCAAUCCCGUGUUCCUUCGUAGUUCGGCCCCUCGUGUGACAUGAUUGGAAUUCCGUUCCAUCUACGACCACCCCCGGGACGCACCCUCCACUCGCUGGUGAGGACCAUUGCCUCAACGAAGCCGGCCGAUUUAUCCGGGACGCAGGACAAGAGCACCCGGCAAAAGAUCAAUUUCCACGAGCUUAAACAUCCGAGCAAGGUUCCCCAGCGUCCAAACAAAUCUACGAUUGACGGCCAGUCGACACCAACCCGCAUCCCGGUGGACGCCCAAACGGUGCAGCUGCUGGAGCGGUUAAGCCUGGUGGAUCUGGACAGCGCCGAGGCCCACCGGACGCUCGAGGACGCGAUCGAGUUUGCGUCGCAGAUUCUGUCCGUGGACACCGACGGCGUAGAACCGCUGAACACGGUACUGGAGCGGGAGCGGUUGACGCUGCGCGAGGACCGCGUGUCCGACGGGAAAAUCCAGCAGGAUGUGCUGAGGAACGCAUGCGUUACCGAGGAGGAGAACUUUGUGGCGCCACCGGGAAAUAUUCCGCUCGAGCAGGAACCGAGGAAGUGAGCGGGGGAUGGUUGGUGGGAAGGGGAUUGUGGGCUUCCGGCAGCUGCUGGAAGCUUGUAGGGAUAAUAAAUUUGUAGCGUUAGGUUUGGGGGAUAAUGUUGUGGACGGUUUUAAGGUGAGCCCGAUUGGACGAAU